GUUGUGGAAGGUUGUUCUGUGCAGACUGUUAUUAAAUACAAUCGGCACCGUCCAGGAAACGACCGUUUUGUGCUCACUGAUGCACACAUGCUUGUAUGCCCACACACAACAUGCAUGCCACCACAAACAAGCGUGUGUGUAUUGCACUCCUCUCCUGUUAGCGCCCAAUCUGGAAUCUGCUCUCGUACCACCGACGCAAGCCAAGCAUGGUCUCGUUUGAAGAAGAGCAGCACCUUAACCAUCUGCUCAUUUGGAGCGUGCUCUGAAAACAGGUUUUUUUUUUCUUUCUUUUUUUCUUCUUUGCACCGGCGAGCUGGCUAUAUUUUCCUUUCAAUUACGACACUUCACAUCAAAGAGCGCACAGAAAGCUCUGAGUACAAAGGUCUCCACAGAGUCAGGACGCUAAUAUCAUGUUUGGGUCAGUUGUUUACUUUCUGUCUUUCAGUUUAUUGCAGGCUUUCGGGCUGCACGACCGACCGCCCUUAAUUACGUGCCUUGGAUUUUUUUAUUUAUUUUUUUUUCACACAUCUUUCACACUUAUUCAAACAUGAUUUGAUUUAUUUAUUUAUUUUUGCUUUAGAAAAGUACAGAUUUGCUUUUAGGUCUAUUGUUCCAAUAGUAUUCCUGUCAUUUGUGUCCUACGUGUUACAGGCUGCUGUUUAGACAACAUGACUCGUCUUAAUGUCCGUGUCGUUUGUUAGUCGUCUUUGCAGUAUUGGCUUUUGCCAUGUGGAGCUUUCAGAAGCCUGCAAAAUGCAAAUGUACCAGAAUUGUUUGUGUUUUUGUGAGCAUUCUGACCUUUCGAAGUCUCCAGGUUGGAAGAAGGACACACACUCGAGCAUUCGUCCAGAUGGACUAACAGAGAAGCCUGAAGCACGGGGCACAAGAGAUGAGGGCUCACACACACGUUCUCUUGUGAAUGGAGCAGGGUGAGGAGUGAGAAUGCGUUUUCUGGCCUCCCGGGUACACUACAAGACCCUGAUAGUGAUCUGCGCCCUUCUCACUCUCGCCACCGUGGUGCUGUGGAACAGGUGCACCAAUGAGAAGGUGCUACGUUCCCUGCCGCGGGCCCCUUUAGCCCCGCCCAGUCCCGGAGCAGCCGGACUUCAGCAGCAGGCCCAGCCCCCCGAGGCCCCUCCAGUGGUCGGUGGUGGAGUCCGAUAUGAGGAGAUCGACUGCCUCAUCAACGAUGACGUCACUAUUAAAGGGAGACGUGAGGGCACGGAGGUCUACAUGCCCUUCAGCUGGAUGGAGAAAUACUUUGAGGUGUACGGCAAAGUGGUCCAGUAUGACGGCUAUGACCGCUUCGAGUUCUCACACAGUUAUUCCAAAGUGUACACUCAGAGGGAGCCUUACCGCCCCAACGGUGUCUUCAUGUCCUUCGAAGGGUACAACGUGGAGGUCCGUGACCGAGUGAAGUGCAUCAGUGGUGUAGAAGGAGUCCCUCUGUCAACACAAUGGGGUCCUCAGGGUUAUUUCUAUGCCAUCCAGAUAGCGCAGUAUGGUCUGAGUCACUUCAGUAAGAACCUGACGGAGCGAGCACCCCAUGUGGAGGUGUAUGACACGGCUGAGGAGCACAACAGCAAGCCAAACACAUGGAGCAUUCCCAAGGGCUGCACUCUGACCACAAGCUACGACAAGACCCGAGCCUCCACCGUCCGUCUGUUUAAUGCUCCAGAGAACUCUGAGGGCAUCUCUCUUUCUCUUGGCAACACAAAGGAUUUCAUCAUCUCCUUUGACCUGAAAUUCGCCUCCAAUGGCAGCGUGUCUGUCGUACUGGAAACGACGGAGAAGGGGCCUCCAUUUGUUAUCCACUACGUCACUACCAGUCAGCUCAUUACUUUUAAAGACCGCUCCAUCACCUAUGGCAUCGGGCCACGUUCAGCCUGGACCACAGUGACCCGAGACCUCCUCACUGAUCUGCGCAAGGGCAUUGGCCUGUCCAACACCAAGGCCGUCAAAACCACAAAGACCAUGCCACGGCGCGUGGUCAAAGUGGUUUUGCAUGGUCGAGGUGCCAUUGACAACGUGGCCAUCUCCACUACAGCGCACAUGGCUGCUUUCUUUGCUGCCAGUGAUUGGUUACUGAAGAACCAGGAUGAACGUGGUGGCUGGCCAAUAAUGGUCACCCGCAAACUAGGUGAGGGCUUCCGACCCUUGGAGCCUGGCUGGUACUCAGCAAUGGCACAAGGCCAGGCUAUGUCUACCCUGGUAAGGGCGUAUCUACUCACCAAGGACGAGACAUACCUGAAAGCAGCACUACGUGCCACGGGUCCUUAUAAGGUACCAUCUGAGAAGCAUGGUGUGAAAGCCGUCUUUAUGAACAAGUACGAAUGGUACGAAGAGUAUCCAACCACACCAAGUUCAUUCGUCCUCAAUGGCUUUAUCUACUCUCUAAUUGGGCUCUAUGACCUGGCGCAGACAGCAAGUGAAGGGGACGGACGCGAGGCAGCACGACUAUACGCCAAGGGCAUGGAAUCGCUCAAGGCCAUGGUGCCACUUUACGACACUGGUUCGGGCACCAUUUAUGAUCUACGUCAUUUCAUGCUAGGCACGGCACCCAACCUGGCACGAUGGGACUACCACACUACGCACAUCAAUCAGUUGCAGCUCUUGGCUUCCAUAGAUGACUCGCCGAUCUUCAGGGACUUCUCCAAGCGCUGGAAAAGCUACAUGAAAGGAGGACGAGCCAAGCACAACUAGAGCUGCAGGCAAUGGUGGACAAAUACCCGCCAGCACUCAGCAUAAAACGCCUCAAUCCCUGAGGGGAAGCUGAGUUAGCCCAUGGAGUAAGAACUGAGGGUAAAGCCCGGAGUGGUCUAGCUAAAUCCUGCUGCAGUUUCCAGCCAUUAGACAUGGCUAACCUCUGGGGUUUUUUGGGCUUGAAACUAAUCUGUGCUGGAGGCUCUAAUUAAGUACAAAUGCAAUGUUUAUGGCGAAAGUGUUUAUGGUUUAAUUAGGGGUGGGGAUUUGCUUGACCUAAAUCUGCCAGUGAGGUAUCCAGCACGAUUAGAUAGGUUUGCACACACUUAGGCGUGGGUAUAUCACAGUGAUUAUCACAAACUUCUUCCAAAAUUCUCUCUUGAUACUUGUGUAGAUGUCAAUCAAAAUCAUAAUAAUAACUAUUAUUUUUAUUAUUAUUAUUAUUAUUAUUGGGAAAAUACAACCUCCAUGCCUCAGUAUAAGUGAUUAAGUAAAGUCUUUUGGUCAAAAGGAAAGGUAACCUGGGAAAUGCUUCCAACUUUUUGUUGUCUCUGCAGUUUGAGGUAAACUCUGAUGGAAACACAUUUCUUAGCUUACCUCAGGCCCCACAAUUAAAUUAGAGUCCUUCCUACCCUGCCUGAGUGCUCCACUACACUUUGUAUGUUUGGUAAAGUUGGGGGGAAAACUUGCCACUACUUGCUGCCAGCACUGGUGUUCUGUUUUCUCAAAAAAGGUCAUGGGUUUGGGCCAAAUUAUAUAUAUUCACAAUGAAAUGCGCUUUUGAAACCUUGGUGUAUUUAAAAUGGUUGCGCUUUUUCAAAUAAUAUAAAGACACCACAGCUCCUAGGUUGAUCCUGGAGCCUGGCCAAGCGAGUCUCAGUGAGUCUCAGUCAGCCUACUCGUUGUGAAUUAUUAUUAUUAUUAUUAUUAUUAUUAUAGAUAGGCUGACCAGUCACCAGUCAUAUGAUAAAGUAUUGAUUAAAUAAAGCCUGACCAAAAAAAUUAACAUUUCUAAGAAAAACAAAUAACUGUUGAGUUACAGGACUCAAGGAAUGUCUGUGGCACACUAUAUGGCCAAAAAUAUGUGGACACCUGACCAUGCAUAUGAACAUCCUAUUAUAGAUUUGGUCCCCCUUUUCCUCUUAUAAUAAACUCCACUUUUCUGGGAAGGAUUUCCACUAAGUUUUGGAGUAUGGAUUUGGGAAGUUGUUCUUAUUCAUCCACAAGGGCAUUAGUGAUGUCAGGCACUGAUGUUGAGAUGUUGUGUGAGAAGUCCUGGCAGUUCAUCCCAACGGUGUUUAGUGGGGUUGAGGUCAGGGCUCUGUGCAGUCCACUCGAGUUCUUCCACACUAACCUUCGUGCACAGGGGUGUUGUGCUGGAGCAGGUUUGGGCCUCUUGGUUCCAGUGAAUAGAAAUUGCAAUUAUGCAGUAUAGAAAGACAUCCUAUACAGUUGUGUGCUUCAAACUUUGUAGUAGCUGUUUGGGGAAAGCCCAUGUAUGGGUGUGAUGGUCAUUUUUCUACAAAGUUUUGGCCAUAUAGUGUGUUUCCCAAACCCACUCUCAUGAGAAAUUUGUCAGAUUGAGUAAGACGUGCGUGGAUUUCAUUCAAUUUCAUACAAAUUAAUAAGAAAUUUUCUGAUCCUGAGCGCCAACUCUGAAUUUGAAUAGAAUCUUUACAUAUCAGUUUAACUGUGUGAAUUGGCAAGAGACCAUGCUUAUUUCCUUGAAAGCCUACAUUGAUCAUUGCAUCUAGCAUUGAAAUGGAAUUGAACGACUUUGACGAUUUAACGUUGGUGAUUUAAAAAAAUAUAUAUAUAUAUAUAUAUAUAUAUAUAUAUAUAUAUAUAUAUAUAUAUAUAUAUAUAUAUAUAUAUAUAUAUAUCUUAAUGUAAAUCUGCUCCUGCUGUAGUGGUAUGGAUAUGUUACGGGCAAGACUUUAGGGUGAAUUAUGUAGUACACAACAAUCAAACAUGCAUUUAUUUUAUUUUUUUUUACAUGCUCACCAUAAGGCACACCGGAACCAAUAUGAAACAUAAAUGGAGAAAGUAUAUUAGGCCACAGAAGUAGUUAAUGCUAGUUCACUGGUCUUCUAACAAAAACAAUAUAAAAUUAUUUUCGAAAAAGUUUGAGUAAGUAAUCCAUAAAUGUUGUUUCUUGGGGGCUAGCAAGGCGUAAUCUUCGGACAUUGUCUUUGAUUGAGUCUUAAAUCCAUAAUAGUUUUGGUUGAUCGUGAACCGCAUGUAGCAGCAAUGUGAGCCAAUGAAUUUCCCCAGUGCUCCUCUGGGGCAGGGUGACUGAGAACCGUUUACUGCAGACUCUCCAGUUCUACCGAAACAUUUCAGUAGCAUGACCGACCAUUCGCUGUCAUCUUAACCAAAUGCUAAAAGCUGUAGGAAACUAAAUGUCUUCAUAAAACAAACCCAACAUUCUGAACCGCGCUAGGUGUUGGUCACUUUCUGUUCACUCGCAUCAUAUCAGUGACCGCAUCAUUUGGUUCCUUUAUGUAAAAUGGACACUUCACAUAUGUGUAUGAUCUUUAAAGGGUUUACAUUAAUUAUUUAGUUUCUACUCAGUCCUUGUCACAGUAGGUUUGAAUUGGACACACAAUGAAAGUUUAUGGAUUGUUGAUUGCAGCGUUGUAGCAUGACCCAUUUCCCUUUUUAUUUUUGUUUUCCCCCCUUUCCCUAAACCCUAAACCGUUACCUUGUGUUGGCGUUUGUCUCUAAAUCACGAGCUGAGCGAAUGCCCUCGGGAAUGCAGAUAGACAGAACAUCUGGCUUGACUUCAUAUAAGUGAAGUAUGCUGUUCGUACAUCAAACUACAGACUACACUGAAUCUGUUCAGUGGAGCAGAAGAUAAUGACUGAUUCUCAUAAGCUAUACAAGUUUUGGUAACUUUUACUUAAAGGCAGUGAUUAAUAGUUAUUUGACUCCUACAUAAAACCCACAUAAGCAUGUAUUAAGGCGUCUAACAAACGGGUGUAAUGAUUGCUUUCAUAACCCCAUAGUGUCAAGUGAGAGAUAUUUGUUGACAUAAAUCUGUGCUGCGUUAGAUCGUCAUGACAACUGACUUUGACUUUGCAGUUCAGUGUACCUAUAGUAUAUUUCUAUUAAUAUUUCCGGGAAUGCCAUGACACUGUCAUGACUGAUCAUAUUUUCAUCUUUGGUAAGUUCUUUAGUCGUUGAAUAUUUGAGCUUGUUCUAAAUCUUGUAACAGUCUCAGCACCCUAAUUGACAGUUAUAUGUAAUUACCCUGACUUCACAUCAACGUUAUAUAACUCUCACAUACCAGAAGUACUCUGAGCUGCAAAGUAUGCAUGAAUGAUGAAUGCAAGUCAUCAUCAGAACAAGCUAACGUCAGUAAAAAUUGAAUGAGGUAUGUCGUCAACUUGAUAUCAGGAUGAACAAAAGCAGACCUUUGACAGUUGGCUCCUGUUGGAAAAAGCCUUUAUGGUCAAGCUCUAGUUACUGGUAAAAUGUUGGUGUUACCAAAGGUUUUUUUUCCCUCUUGUUUAAGAGAAAGUGUAAUAUUAUCAGUAACUCAUGAGGGCAGUUUUUGUUUUUUGUUUUUGUUUGUUUGUUUUUUUGUUUGUUUGUUUGUUUUUUUUGUUUUUUAUAAAGAGUACAAAAUUAUUAUAUUAAAAAAAAAAAAAAGCCAGAGAAUGUAAUUCAAGUCUUGGUAUGAGAAAGAUUUGUCUUUCUCUUCUAUAGAUAAAUAAUCAGCUCAAAAUGCAAGCUAGUGGAAGAAAUGUAAAGUGUGCAAAGCCUUCCCCAGUGCAGCAUAGCUCUUUCAUAAAUUGAGAUGUUUUCCAAGGUGUGUGUGCGUGAGGGUGUGUAAGUGUUUGACUUGAUCACCUUGUGGUCCUCAGAAGCACGGAUAUCUGAAGCUUAGUAGCAGAACCUUUACCCUGGUGAGCUCAGUCUCUUUUCCCAGUCUCAGCCAAGACACACAGAAGUACAGUGUUCUGCCCAGCCUGACCCGCUGCCCGUUGGCCGUUUUACUCCGCACAUACCAACAGUAGAAUUGUUCACUUAAAGAGUAAAAGCUCAGAAUAGAUUGUAGGAGACGUGAGGAAGUUUUACUCGGGACCUUGUCGCUGCUUCUUAGGCGGAGUUUUCUGUAAGAGACUUCACGCCUCAUGACUGAUUUAUCUUAAGAGACAACUUUUUUUUUUUUCUUUUUCUUGUUUUUUUUGUUGUUUUUUUUUUUUUGAGUGUCUUCUCCUCAAACAUCAAUUUUCUAUCAGUGGUGUUUCACUGGCGUGAACGUUCAUCUCAUGAAUAUUUCUAUGCACAUUUCAUACUUAGCAUUAUAACAGGACUUGGUUCUUCAAAGGGAAACAAUCUUAUUCCGUUACUAGGAGGAUCUGAAAAUCUUUUGUUCAUACCAAAGUCUUUAAAGGUUGAGUGUUUUGUUUUUAUUUUAUUUUUUUUUUAAGUAACUUGCUGUGUGAUGAAUGGUGGUGAUAUAAAUAGGAGCGUGAAUCUGCCUUCCUUUAUAAGGGGAAAUGCCUUGUAAUAUGGUUUAGUUUUGUAAGAGUAGAUUUCUAUAGAGUAGAGAGAGAUACAGAGGAGAGAAUAUAAUAAUCACAGCUGUCUAUGGGGAUGUGUGCAACUGUUCAGCUAGCAUUAUGCGCUAAAUAAUUAGAAACUUGGGGCAGCAUAUCUGUCACAGGAAUCUCUGAUUCAUAUCUGAGUUGCUUUGUGUUUUUAAUUAGGGUUAGCUGUUUGUGUAAACAGCGUUAAAGCACAACUGCGGUGAGUGUCACUCUGUUAAUUUAUUCUAAUCAUUCGUUGGUUUAUAAUUAUUGUUUUAUUUCCCCCCUCUGGACAAUGUGCAAGACCUUCUUCAGAGAGCUGCUACUGUGUGCAUUUCUUUUCUGUCUGUUUGGGUUUUGUUUUUGUUUUUUUUCUUGUUUCUUCAUCUCCUCCUCUUCCUUGUCUUCUGCACAGUCCUGAACUGGAAGCAGACCCACGAGGAGUCUGUCACGUGUGACAUAUGCAAUAAAAAGGCGAGACGGCGAGAGCCCCAAGAGGCUGGACACAGUUUGCAAUGCAAGCACAACGUGCACACGCCACCAUUUUUAUGCAGGAAAAAAAAAGUUUAUAUCAAAGUUCACUCUUUGUGCUUAAUAUUGCUUUUUAAAAUUGUAAAAUAAAGGCUUUUUUUUUUUUCUUAAAA